AGACUUCUAUAUUUAGAGAGAGAGAGUGCGAAGGAUAUAUACCUAUUUUGUGCCUCGAGCUCGUCGUUAAUUAGUCCCAUUUUGCAUUUCAAUUUUCUCCUCUCUUCUUCCAUGGAUCUAUCUGUUCGGUGAACCUCUGUAAACCAGUAUCUGCAGAAACACUGUUUUUUCAUACUUGUUCUGGGCUUGAAGACGAGGUAGUAGCAAUGUCAUCUCUUAGCAGAGAGCUUGUAUUCUUGAUCUUACAGUUUCUAGAUGAGGAAAAAUUCAGAGAAACAGUUCACAAGCUUGAGCAAGAAUCUGGAUUUUUCUUUAACAUGAAGUACUUCGAAGAUGAAGUGCAUAAUGGUAAUUGGGAUGAAGUUGAAAAGUAUCUCUCUGGUUUUACCAAAGUGGAUGACAACCGUUAUUCCAUGAAAAUUUUCUUUGAAAUAAGGAAGCAAAAGUAUCUUGAGGCAUUGGACAAGCGUGACCGGUCCAAAGGUGUUGAAAUUCUUGUAAAGGAUCUUAAAGUUUUUGCAUCUUUCAAUGAGGAGCUUUUCAAGGAGAUUACUCAGCUGUUGACACUAGAGAAUUUCAGGGAGAAUGAACAGCUGUCCAAGUAUGGAGAUACUAAAUCUGCACGAGCUAUUAUGUUGGUUGAGCUCAAAAAGCUUAUUGAAGCAAAUCCCCUGUUUCGUGACAAAUUGCAGUUUCCCAACCUUAAAAAUUCAAGGUUACGAACUUUGAUUAACCAAAGCUUAAAUUGGCAGCACCAGCUUUGUAAAAAUCCUAGGCCAAAUCCAGAUAUCAAAACACUUUUCGUGGAUCAUUCUUGUGGACAACCAAAUGGUGCUCGAGCUCCAUCACCUGCAAACAAUCCGUUGCUCGGAUCAGUGCCAAAACCAGGCAGCUUCCCUCCUCUUGGUGCACAUGGGCCUUUCCAACCUGGGCCAACACCUGUGGCAGCUCCUCUUGCUGGGUGGAUGUCCAACCCACCCACUGUAGCUCAUCCAUCAGUUUCUGGUGGACCUAUGGGUCUUGGUCCUUCAUCUAUUCCAGCUUCUCUAAAACAUCCCAGGACUCCACCAACAAAUCCAUCUAUUGAUUAUCCAUCUGGGGAAUCUGAUCAUGCUGCCAAAAGAACUAGGUCACUGGGAAUAUCUGAUGAGGUUAAUCUUCCUGUGAAUGUGCUACCUAUAUCAUUUCCAGGGCAAGGUCAUAAUCAAUCUCUUAGUGUACCUGAUGACUUGCCAAAGACUGUUGCAAGAACAUUAAACCAGGGAUCAUCUCCCAUGAGCAUGGAUUUUCAUCCUUCUCAGCAGACAUUGCUUCUAGUUGGCACGAAUGUUGGAGAUAUUGCAUUGUGGGAAGUUGGUUCAAGGGAGAGACUGGUGUUGAGAAACUUCAAAGUAUGGGACUUGGGUGCAUGUUCAAUGCCAUUACAGACUGCUCUGGUAAAAGAUCCUGGUGUCUCAGUUAACCGUGUUAUAUGGAGCCCCGAUGGUUCGUUAUUUGGGGUUGCAUACUCUAGGCACAUCGUUCAAAUAUAUUCCUAUCACGGGAAUGAUGACAUACGUCAGCACGUGGAGAUUGAUGCUCAUGUUGGAGGCGUAAAUGAUCUUGCAUUCUCUCACCCUAAUAAGCAGCUCUGUGUUAUAACAUGUGGUGACGACAAAACUAUAAAGGUUUGGGAUGCCACAUCUGGUGCAACACAAUAUACGUUUGAGGGUCAUGAGGCACCUGUAUACUCUGUGUGCCCUCACCAUAAAGAAAGCAUUCAGUUUAUUUUUUCUACAGCGUUAGAUGGAAAGAUAAAAGCGUGGUUAUAUGAUAAUUUGGGAUCUCGAGUAGAUUAUGAGGCUCCUGGUCGUUGGUGCACAACAAUGGCAUACAGUGCUGACGGAACUAGACUCUUUUCAUGUGGAACCAGCAAAGAUGGGGAGUCUCACAUUGUUGAGUGGAAUGAAAGUGAAGGGGCUGUUAAGAGAACAUAUCUAGGGUUUCGGAAAAGAUCCCUGGGUGUUGUACAAUUUGAUACAACUAAAAAUCGGUUUUUGGCAGCUGGUGAUGAUUUUUCAAUCAAAUUCUGGGAUAUGGACCAUGUUCAACUCUUGACAAGUAUUGAUGCUGAUGGAGGUCUUCCAGCAAGCCCUCGAAUUCGAUUCAACAAGGAUGGUUCUCUAUUGGCUGUUUCUGCUAAUGAAAAUGGGAUAAAGAUUUUGGCAAAUAAUGAUGGUAUUCGUUUAGUACGCACUUUUGAGAACCUAGCUUAUGAUGCUUCCAGGGCAUCUGAAACUGCAAAGCCUACAGUAAAUCCAAUAUCUGUAGCAUCAGCAAACAAUUCUGGAUUUGCAGAUAGGGUGGUCUCUGUUGUUGGCAUCACUGGAAUGAAUGGAGAUGCAAGAAAUACGGUGGAUGUAAAGCCCCGAAUUAAUGAGGAGCCUAAUGACAAAUCUAAGAUAUGGAAGCUCAGUGAAAUUAGUGAAUCAUCACAGUGCCGGUCCUUGAAGCUUCCUGAGAACCUCAGAGUGACUAAGAUAUCAAGGUUAAUAUAUACAAACUCUGGUAAUGCCAUCUUAGCAUUAGCAUCAAAUGCUAUUCACCUGCUUUGGAAGUGGCAAAGAAAUGAACGCAAUUCAAAUGGCAAGGCAACAGCCAGUGUUUCACCUCAAUUGUGGCAACCUUCAAGUGGCAUCUUAAUGACAAAUGAUGUGCAUGAACCAAACCAUGAGGAAGCUGUCUCCUGCUUUGCUUUGUCCAAGAAUGACUCGUAUGUGAUGUCAGCAUCUGGUGGGAAGAUCUCCUUGUUCAACAUGAUGACAUUCAAGACAAUGACAACUUUCAUGCCUCCACCUCCAGCAGCAACUUUUCUUGCAUUUCAUCCUCAAGACAACAACAUUAUCGCUAUUGGCAUGGAUGAUUCUACCAUCCAGAUAUAUAAUGUCAGAGUGGAUGAGGUUAAAAGCAAGCUUAAAGGCCAUUCUAAAAGGAUAACUGGCCUCGCCUUUUCUCAUGUGCUCAAUGUGCUAGUUUCCUCAGGAGCUGAUUCUCAGCUAUGUGUAUGGAGCACUGAUGGGUGGGAAAAACAGAGGGCUAGGUCCUUGCAGCUACCGGGGAGAUCGACAUCUCAAUCAGAUACCAGAGUGCAAUUUCAUCAGGAUCAAACUCAUUUCCUGGCUGUGCAUGAGGCACAGAUUGCUAUAUAUGAAACAACAAAGUUGGAAUGUUUAAAGCAGUGGGUUCCGCGUGAAAGUGCUGCCCCAAUUUCUCAUGCCACAUUCUCGUGUGAUAGCCAGCUGAUAUAUGCCAGUUUCUUGGAUGCAACUGUGUGCGUAUUCACUGCAGGGCAUCUCCAUAUGCGAUGCCGUAUAAUUCCUUCAUCUUAUCUAUCACCCAGUAUUAGCAAUUCAAAUAUCCACCCAGUUGUAGUUGCAGCACAUCCACAAGAUCCAAACCAAUUUGCAUUAGGUCUGUCAGAUGGUAGUGUUCAUGUUUUCGAACCACUUGAAUCUGAAGGCAAAUGGGGCGUUCCUCCACCACUUGAAAAUGGAUCAGCAAAUGGUAUGUCAACCGCUCCAUCUAUUGGAGCUUCAGGCUCCGAUCAAGCACCAAGAUGACAAAGAAGCCACUUAAGCAAACUGUCGUGUCUUGGUUUGUUGAUUCUUUCCCAAAUUUCAGUUCAGACUGACGAGUAAAUGUUCGUUCUAGGAGACUAACCAGAAUCCUCCAAGUCAAAACAUGAAGUGUAUGUAACAUCCCAAAAGUUUGUUUUCUUUGCAAUUGAAAGGGAAGGAGAAUCCUCAGUGGAGCUAGGAGUCUCAGUACUAGUCACAGCUGAAGAUUUGACUUGGUUUUUACUCCAACGUUGUGGCUUUCUUUUGUGGUAAUCUAUUGGCUACAGGACAUAAUUUAGCUCAGUACUCUCCAACAUGUAAAUUUCCAACUCGUGAGGUAAGGUGUAAUGUAAAAUGAACACUUUGCUCUUUAUAUUCCUUAGUGUAGUGAGGAAUUCCUCCUAUCAGCUUUCUAAUUCGAGUGAUUCUUGAAUUGGAUUUUAGUAAGUCUCACCUCUUUAAAGGUGCUUUGACCCGUG